AUGGAAGCAAAGACUCUUGGAAUUGCAACACCCAGAAAGCCUGUCUUAUCAGUCAGUGCUAGAAAAAUUAAGGACAAUGCAGCCGACUGGCACAAUUUAAUCCUGAAAUGGGAAACCCUCAGUGAUGCAGGUUUUACCACUGCAAAUAACAUUGCCAACUUGAAAAUCAGUUUAUUGAGUAAAGACAAGAUCGAAUUAAAUAGCAGCAGCCCAGCUUCCAGUGGGAAUGAAGAAAAGAUGCAUCUACACUAUGAUAAGGAGCUUGAGGUGCUAUGUGAGGAAUUGCAGGCUACCUUGGAUGGUUUGACCAAAAUCCUGGUGAAAAUGGAAAAACUGUCUUCAACUACCAAGGGAAUUUGUGAACUAGAAAAUUAUCAUUAUGGGGAGGAGAGUGAGCGGCCCCGUCUGUUUCACACGUGGCCUACAACCCACUUCUGCUCAACAAGGUAA